CUCCAACAUGUUCUGUUGGUUAAGUCGGCAAUACUGGGGUUUUUCCACACCCACCGGAAGGAUGGCCCACCUGAUCCGGGGUUCUCUCUCCAGAACGCUGGUGGUCGGUUCACAGAGGAGAACUCCAGAAUUCAGUAGCUUUGUUGCUCGGACCAACACGUGUGGAGAGUUGCGUUCUUCUCACUUAGGCCAAGAAGUCACUUUGUGUGGAUGGAUUCAAUACCGAAGGCAAAACAUCUUCCUGGUCCUGAGAGAUUUCCAUGGGCUUGUUCAAGUUGUUAUUCCCCAGGAGGAGUCAGCUGCUUCUGUGAAGAAGAUUCUAUGUGAAGCCCCUGUGGAAUCUGUGGUGCAAGUGUCUGGAACAGUAAUUUCCCGACCUCCAGGACAAGAGAAUCCAAAAAUGCCAACAGGUGAGAUCGAAGUCAAAGUUAAAACAGCUGAACUUCUGAAUUCCUGCAAGAAGCUGCCCUUUGAAAUUAAGGACUUUGUGAAGAAAACAGAGGCUCUUCGUUUGCAGUAUCGCUACUUAGACUUGCGUAGUUUCCAAAUGCAGUAUAACCUGCGACUGAGGUCCCAGAUGGUCAUGAAAAUGCGGGAGUAUCUCUGUAAUCUACACGGAUUUGUGGAUAUAGAAACACCAACAUUGUUUAAGAGGACUCCUGGGGGUGCAAAAGAGUUUGUAAUACCAUCCAGGGAACCUGGAAAGUUUUAUUGUCUCCCUCAGAGUCCUCAACAGUUUAAACAGCUUCUGAUGGUUGGUGGUUUAGACAGGUAUUUUCAGGUUGCCCGAUGUUACCGAGAUGAAGGUUCAAGACCAGACCGACAGCCUGAGUUUACUCAGAUUGACAUAGAGAUGUCUUUUGUAGACCAGACCGGAAUCCGGAGCCUAAUUGAGGGUCUGCUCCAGUAUUCCUGGCCCAAUGACAAAGAUCCUCUAGUGGUUCCUUUUCCUUCUAUGACUUUUGCUGAGGCAUUGGCCAGCUAUGGAACAGAUAAACCUGACACUCGCUUUGGGAUGAAGAUCAUAGAUAUUAGUGAUAUGUUCAGAAACACAGAGGUUGGAUUUCUUCAAGAUGCACUUAGUAAACCCCAAGGAGCCGUCAAAGCCAUAUGUAUCUCUGAAGGAGCAAAAUACUUAAAAAGGAAGGACAUUGAAUCCAUUAGAAAAUUUGCAGCUGACCAUUUUAAUCAGGAAGUCUUACCUGUAUUCCCGAAAGCCAAUAGAAACUGGAAUACUCCAGUUGCUCAGUCCAUACUGGAGGAGCAAAGAUCAGGACUAAUCAAACUCAUGGAAAUCCAAGAGGAUGAUGUGGUCCUGCUGACUGCCGGGGAGCACAAGAAAGCAUGCUCUGUGCUGGGAAAAUUACGACUGGAAUGUGCCGACCUUCUAGAAGCAAGAGGAUCGGUGCUCCGUGACCCAGCUCUGUUCUCUUUCCUUUGGGUUGUGGAUUUCCCACUCUUCCUUCCCAAGGAGGAAAAUCCCGGAGAGCUGGAGUCAGCCCACCACCCAUUCACUGCUCCCCACCCCAGUGACCUCCAGCUCCUAUACACCGAACCCGAGAAGGUCCGUAGCCAACACUAUGACUUGGUUUUAAAUGGCAGUGAGAUAGGCGGUGGUUCUAUCCGAAUUCAUGAUGCAGAGCUCCAGCAUUACAUUCUGGCAACAUUACUAAAGGAAGAUGUGAAAUUGCUCUCCCAUCUGCUCCAGGCUUUAGGUUUUGGGGCGCCCCCUCAUGGAGGAAUUGCCUUAGGGUUAGACAGACUGAUAUGCCUUGUCACUGGAGCACCAAGCAUCAGAGAUGUCAUAGCCUUCCCCAAAUCCUUCAGGGGGCACGACCUCAUGAGCAGUGCCCCAGAAUCUCUCCCUCCUGAGGAACUGAAGCCCUAUCAUAUCCAGGUCUCCUGGCCAGCAGACUCAGAAGCAUAAAAGAGCUCCUUGAAUCAGCCAUACCAUCUAGAAAGUUGAGCUUUUGAGUUUUGUCUGCUUUGCUUCCCCAAGGCUGAAAUCAGAUGCGGAGUUCUGCCACAGGUCUGAUAAGCAGGUCUUUAGGUGGAAGGAAUCCAGACAACAUUCUUCACCACAACAAAGAAACAAGAAGGUAUCCAAUUUUGACUUGAUAACAGGCAUUACUAGGAUUUUUUGUUUGGGACUUUUUUGGCAGUUUCUGUUACCUGCAGAGGUGUGAAAAUGGCCCUUUGUCUGAGUAAUAUAAUAGCUUAGUGUUUUCUCAUCAUGUUUUUCAUACCUGGAUAGUAGAUCGUUCACUUGAGACAGAGGUGAUCAGACCAUGUGAAAUGUGGGGAAAUGCUUGCCCCUUUAGACCAGUCAGUUGAUGGGGGGUCAGUUCAACCAGCAUCAUCAAGAGAGUCCUGUAAAUUAAGCUAAAUAGUGACAUCUCAACUAUCAGUAUAAUACAACAAGAAGCAUCAUGAUAUAAUGCAAAAAAAAAAAACACCAAAAUCAAAGUCACAAAAUCUUAGUGUUUCACCUUGAGCAAGUUACAUAAGCCUCUUUUCCUGCUUAUAUGAAAUGGGAACACUGCUUGUCCAG